AUGGAUAUAAGAGAACCGAGGAUGCUGCACAGGUCGAGUUCAUUCACAAUCAAGAGUUUACUGCUUCCAUCCAAAACUGACAGAGCGCAAAUUAAACCUCCAGAAAGAAACCAGCUGCCCCCCGACACCGACACCGACUCCAAACAAUCUCCAGAUCCCACCGAUAUGGAGUCCUCAGAGAACGAGAAAACUGCGGAGAAGAAGCUCGACAAACCCCCGUUUAGCUACAACGCGUUAAUAAUGAUGGCUAUUCGACAAAGUCCUGACAAAAGACUGACGCUUAACGGAAUUUACGAAUUUAUCACGACGAACUUUCCGUUUUACCGGGAGCACAAGCAAGGCUGGCAGAACUCAAUCCGACACAAUUUAAGUCUAAAUAAAUGUUUUGUUAAAGUGCCGAGACAUUACGACGACCCGGGCAAAGGCAACUACUGGAUGUUGGACCCGUCCAGCGAUGAUGUGUUUAUUGGCGGUACGACAGGCAAACUGCGCCGACGCUCGGCAACUUCGAGGGGAAAACUCGCGAUUAAACGAGGACUCCGGUUUUCCCCGUUGGGGCUGGCAGUCAGCGAGUCAUCGAGUAAUCCUCUCUAUUGGCCGUUGUUAUCCUUACACCAUCCACAUUACGGUGGGACUUCACAUGGAUUCCUGAAUCAAGGUAACGGUUACGGUUCUUUCGUCCCUGGAGUGGAGCAUUUAGGCAGCAGGGAUGUGAGCCGGCCGAUUCUGGGAGGUUCUGGCGGUCCUCUUGGUUUGACGAACGCUUACGGGAUGAGUUCGUCUCCCGUUGGGUUACUAUCUGUCCAGUCGGGAUAUAUACACCCACCGGCCCUGCAUCAAAACACGGUCAGCUCUCAGCAGACGUUACUUACGGUCAGUCACAGGACAACUUUGUCAUCUUUCUCGCCUGCUGGAUCCCGUUGUUUACCUGCAGUUUGCCCAGAUUCGUUUUGA